GUGGGGCUGGGGAGGUUGAAAGGGGGGUGGUGGAAAAAGGAGGAGGACGCGCACGUGUCGACUUCGCAGUCGACGUCGCAGUCGGCAAUUGUUGCACGCUGCUCCUCCGCGCUUCCUGUCUCUUGUUGUUUCUUGUUUGUUGUGUGCUUCGUGUCCCGUUAAUGGUUUCUUCUUCUCCUCCACCUCCACCACCACCGCCUCCGCCACCCGUUUUGCCACACACACAACUGCAGUGCAAAGUGAAAUGCGAAAUAAUCACAUCACAAAUACAGCGAAGGCAGAUAAAUGAAAAGAAUUGAAGAAUCCAGCGAAACGCAGUGAAGAAUCCAAGGAAGAAUCAGCGGAAUAACACUAAAUACAAAUAUAUAACCACCAUUUAAAAGCAAUCAAAAAAGCAACCAAACAAACAAACAACAAAAAGCAACAAAAGUGCCAUAUGCAACCGAUAAGACUGUGUGAAUGGUCAAGUGGUCAUCAGCAUCGAAACCUUUCUCUCUCCUUGAAUGUGUGUGUGCGUGUGUGUGUGUGUGUCUGUGUGUAUGUGUGAGUGAGUGAGUGUGGAAGAAAGGUAGUGGAAGCGGAAGAGAGAGCGAGCGAGAGCGAGAGCGAGAGAGAGAAAGAGACAGGAUCAAAAUGACGGACGCUCGGGGCAGCGGAACUUCCGCUGCGGAAUUCGAAUGAGCGAGAUCCAAGACCACAAAAGAUCGGUUUUGGACCGAACGGAUCGAACCGGAUCGAUCCCCCUUAUAAAUUGAACAUACUAUAUAUCCUGCGGCAUCAGGAGACGGAAAUCGGGAGCCAGGAAGCGGAAGGACCUCCUCCUUCGGCGGUCAUCUAUCCAUCAGCUGACAACUGUCGGCCGUCAGAAACUGUCAGUUGUCAGUGGAACUCGGCCCUCAUUCGACCAGGCGACCAUUGGAGGCCAACUGUCAGCGGUCAGCGGAAGUGGAAGCCAGCAAAACGGGAGAGCACCAGGAGCAGUACCAGGAGCAGACGGAGAAGGAGACGGAGCAGACGGAGGAGCAGAAGAAGGAGGAGCAGGAGAGGAUUGGGCAGCGCGGCGCGUAGCGUGUAGGCGGCAAAAUGCCUGGCGGACGACGUGGACUGGUUGCGCCGCAGAACACAUUCCUCGAGAACAUCAUCCGGCGCUCCAACUCGCAGCCGGACAGCUCGUUCCUUCUGGCCAACGCACAAAUCGUCGAUUUCCCGAUCGUCUACUGCAAUGAGUCCUUCUGCAAGAUCAGCGGCUACAAUCGGGCCGAGGUCAUGCAGAAGUCGUGCAGGUAUGUAUGCGGCUUCAUGUAUGGCGAGCUGACAGACAAGGAGACGGUGGGACGACUGGAGUACACGCUGGAGAACCAGCAGCAGGAUCAGUUCGAGAUUUUGCUCUACAAGAAGAACAAAACGCCGCUAUGGCUGCUGCUCCAGGUGGCCCCCAUCCGCAACGAACGGGACCUGGUGGUGCUCUUCCUGCUGACCUUCCGGGACAUCACCGCCCUCAAGCAGCCCAUCGACAGCGAGGACACCAAAGGAGCGGUUAAUCUAUUUUUGCCAGUUUUAGGUCUCUCGAAGUUCGCCAAGUUGGCCAGAUCGGUGACGCGAAGUCGCCAAUUCAGCGCCCAUCUGCCCACGCUAAAGGAUCCCACGAAGCAGUCCAACCUGGCGCAUAUGAUGUCGCUGAGCGCGGAUAUCAUGCCACAGUACCGACAGGAAGCCCCCAAAACGCCGCCACACAUACUCCUGCAUUAUUGUGCAUUUAAAGCAAUUUGGGACUGGGUGAUAUUGUGUUUAACAUUUUAUACAGCCAUCAUGGUGCCAUACAAUGUAGCGUUUAAAAAUAAAACCUCAGAGGAUGUUUCCCUGCUCGUGGUCGAUUCAAUAGUCGAUGUUAUAUUCUUUAUAGAUAUUGUUUUAAACUUCCAUACAACGUUCGUGGGUCCUGGCGGCGAGGUGGUCAGCGAUCCGAAGGUCAUCCGGAUGAACUACCUGAAAUCGUGGUUCAUCAUCGACCUGCUCAGCUGCCUGCCCUACGACGUCUUCAAUGCGUUCGACCGGGACGAGGACGGCAUCGGUUCCCUGUUCAGUGCCCUCAAGGUCGUCCGCCUGCUGCGGUUGGGGCGAGUGGUGCGAAAGCUGGACCGCUACCUCGAGUACGGAGCCGCCAUGCUCAUCCUGCUGCUCUGCUUCUACAUGCUGGUGGCCCACUGGCUGGCCUGCAUCUGGUAUUCGAUCGGUCGCAGCGAUGCGGACAAUGGGAUCCAAUACAGCUGGCUGUGGAAGCUGGCGAAUGUCACCCAGUCGCCGUACUCGUAUAUAUGGAGUAAUGACACCGGGCCGGAAUUGGUUAAUGGGCCGUCACGGAAAAGCAUGUACGUGACGGCCCUGUACUUCACCAUGACCUGCAUGACCUCGGUGGGCUUCGGCAAUGUCGCCGCGGAGACAGACAACGAGAAGGUGUUCACCAUCUGCAUGAUGAUCAUUGCAGCUCUGCUGUAUGCCACGAUCUUUGGCCACGUGACCACCAUUAUCCAGCAGAUGACCUCGGCCACGGCCAAGUACCACGACAUGCUGAACAACGUGCGAGAGUUCAUGAAACUGCACGAGGUACCGAAGGCUCUCAGCGAGCGAGUGAUGGACUAUGUCGUCUCCACUUGGGCCAUGACCAAGGGUCUGGACACCGAGAAGGUACUAAACUAUUGUCCGAAAGAUAUGAAGGCUGACAUAUGUGUUCAUCUAAAUCGCAAAGUAUUUAACGAGCAUCCGGCAUUUCGUCUGGCCUCGGAUGGUUGUCUCCGGGCACUGGCGAUGCACUUCAUGAUGUCGCACUCGGCGCCGGGGGAUCUGCUCUAUCACACCGGCGAGAGCAUCGAUAGUCUCUGUUUCAUCGUCACCGGCAGUCUGGAGGUUAUACAAGACGACGAGGUUGUGGCAAUAUUGGGCAAGGGAGACGUCUUCGGCGAUCAAUUCUGGAAGGACUCGGCCGUUGGCCAGAGCGCUGCUAAUGUGCGUGCUCUGACCUAUUGUGAUUUGCAUGCCAUCAAACGUGAUAAAUUGCUCGAAGUCCUCGAUUUCUAUUCGGCAUUUGCGAAUAGCUUUGCACGCAAUCUGGUGCUCACCUACAAUCUCAGACAUCGACUGAUUUUUCGCAAGGUGGCCGAUGUGAAGCGCGAAAAAGAAUUGGCCGAACGGCGUAAGAACGAGCCGCAAUUGCCCCAGAAUCAGGAUCAUCUCGUCCGUAAGAUCUUCUCCAAGUUCCGUCGGACUCCGCAGGUUCAGGCGGGCAGUAAGGAGCUCGUCGGCGGAUCCGGGCAAAGUGAUGUUGAGAAGGGCGACGGCGAAGUCGAGCGAACUAAGAAGCUACCAGCCAAACUGACACUGACCGAGGACGCUCGCAUCCUCAGCACCGCCGCGGCGCCCUCGCCAUCGCCAUCCCCAUCGCCCUCAUCGGGUCCACCAUCUGCGCGCAGUACACGGGCAAGCAAGUGGGGACGCCUCCUGGGCAGUUCAAGCGUCGAUUCAGCUAGCGACACCAGCGCCAAGGUAGCCGUCUCGAGAAGUUUGAGCGCCCGCGAAAGCCUCCGUGAGAGCACCGCCCAAGCGCGGCAGAGUAGUACUUCGAGUAGCAAUGGUGGACAAGGCAACAAAGUUUUUCCCAAGGCGCCCAAGCUGCAGGCGAGUCAGGCGACUCUGGCCCGCCAGGACACAAUCGACGAGGGCGGCGAGGUGGACUCCUCGCCACCGAGUCGGGAUAGUCGCGUGGUCAUCGAAGGUGCCGCCGGCGGAGGAGCAGCUGGAUCAGCAGCGGCAGGAGGAGCUGGAGGAGGAGGAGGUGGUGGAUCCACCGGACCACAGCCAGUGGCCACCACUUCAUCAUCAUCGGCGACGGCUGGCGGUGGAGCUGUUGUGGCCGUCGUUGCCAAGGGGGAUCGCAAUCUCGCCUUGGAGCGGGAACGCCAGAUCGAGAUGGCCAGCUCGAGGGCCACCACCUCGGAUACCUACGACACGGGACUCCGGGAGACGCCGCCCACGUUGGCGCAGCGUGAUCUCAUCGCCACCGUGCUGGACAUGAAGGUGGAUGUGCGGCUGGAGCUGCAGCGAAUGCAGCAGCGGAUCGGACGCAUUGAGGAUCUGCUGGGCGAACUGGUCAAGCGGCUGGGUGGAGCGGCAGCGGGAGCAGGUGGCACCGCUCCGGACAACAGCAGUGGCCAGACGACACCCGGCGAUGAGAUCUGUGCGGGAUGCGGUGCGAGUGGUGGUGGUGGUGGUGCAACCACAGCAACACAGGCUGCCGCUGGCACAUCGGUGGCAACGAGUCCGGUGGACACUGUGAUAACCAUUUCAUCGCCAGGGGGAUCGGGAAUGGGAUCUGGAAUGGUAGCGGGAUCUACAGCUGUCGCUGGUGGCGCUGGCCUGCUAAAUCCGGGCGCACCAGUUGUGUCGAGCGCGGGAGGCAACGGCCUGGGGCCGCUGAUGCUCAAGAAGCGACGCUCGAAGAGCAGGAAAGCACCGGCGCCUCCUAAGCAGACACUCGCCUCGACGGCCGGCACCGCGACCGCAGCUCCCGCGGGCGUAACCGGAUCUGGCAUGACGUCAUCGGCGCCAGCGUCAGCGGAUCAGCAACAGCAACAGCAGUCGCCAACUGCCGUUGAUCAAUCGCCCACAACGCCGGCGGCGGAGCUGCUCCAUUUGCGAUUGCUCGAGGAGGAUUUCCAAGCGGCGCAACUCCCUUCAACUUCAACGGGCGGCGGCGGAGGAGGUGGUUCCGGUUCGGGAUCGGGUUCGGGAGCAGGUGCCACGCCCACCACACCGCCUCCGGGCAGUGGUAGUGGCACGCCAACCAGCACCACCGCCACAACAGCAACAACAACAACAACGCCAACGGGCAGCGGACGAGGCAAACUGCAAGAGUUCCUGUAGCCCACGAUUCGGGAGCGAGACGAGGAGGAGAAGGACUCCAGCCAGGAGAAGGAGGAGUAACAGGAGCAACAUAAAGGAUACAAAGAAACAUAACGGGGGAGUAGGGGCCCAGCCACGCCCACUCGCAAGCCUACGCCUACGCUUAGUUAGUCUAUAUACUUAAGAUACAGCUGUAACCUCAACUCAAAACACAUGAUUCUCGAAAAACCUCUACAACGUAUUUAUCCUCAAAAUUAUAAAAGGCUUUCCCGCAAAAAAUUAGCAAAUAUAUGGUAGCUGAAGCGAUCCAAUUGUUUAAAAUGUAGAAUAUAAAAUUAACUUUCUUCUGCAUCGCCACCAUAUUAUAAUUUAUUAUUAUUUAAAAUAUGAUCUCGAAAAUUAUUUCUAAAGUGAUAUGUUCUAAAGCUCCUGGAAAUGGGUAUUCUGUAUACUCCUAAUUUAAAAUGAAUUAAUCAAUUUGUUAUUUAAUAUGUAAUGUAGAAUUCCAUACGAAUUUUUAAAUCUUUCAGAAUUAUAGUUCUUUCAGAAUGUAUGGGAAAAUACGUUGUAGUGGAGUUUUGGAUGAAAACCUUUCUUUUUCGCUACACAAAUCUCAACCUAAUGCUAUCCCUCUCUCUCUCACACACACACAUACACACACACAAACACACACACUGAAUGGAAGUGCUCGAUACUCGAUAUUCGAUACUCUUUAACCGUUACAUGAUUAUGAUUAUGAUUACGAUAGCGUUUAGCCAUACCGAUAAAUGAUAACGAUUAAGGCAAGCAUAUUGCUUACGAAUUUGCUACAUUUACUGCAAUUAUUUACCUUUAUAUAAACUAUACAUACGUAUAUACAUAAAGAAACGUUGUAAAGGUCACAGGACACACUCACACACACACUGACAGACACAGAUAUAGCUGUAUGUAUAUAUGGAUAAUUUUGUGAUAACUGCUAAAGGAGGCAAAAACCCAGAAGAAACAAGCUUACAAACCAAAAAACAAAAAAACAAUGCCCGUGAAUUGUACAUAGCCUAAAACCUAACUUUAGAAAAGGAUCCACAGGGAUGCCACAUACACUCACACACACACACAGAUAACGACAAAAUCUAGCUUUUGGGAGAAUGUAAAUACAUAGAGUCACACACACACACAUACAGAUUCAGAGAUAUAUGGAUAUAACCCGUCCUAUCUAAAUAACUUAACGAAAACUCGGCUUGAGCACUCUGGCACUCGCACUCGCUUGGCUCCCUAAUUGUAGGCUUAUAGUCUCGAAAAAACUCAACUCAACCAAAUAGUUAACUCAGCAACAGUAAAGCUUAAGUAAGGAAAACCAAAAAGAUAUGGAAACAGCAGAAAUGUGGCCGCUAAACGAAACGACAAUCGACAGACCUAAGAAACCAAAAACGAAAAACUAGAUUCAAAACCAAAAAAAAACACUGAAAACCAAAAAAAGAAAACAAAUAGCAAAUCUGUAGUUAAAAGCAAGGAUCCAAAAUGAUUUCUUUGGGCAUUGUAAAUAUUUGAAUUAAAAUUUAGCAAAAUAUGUUACUACACGCUCACCAACACACUCACACACACCCACACACACAUACAUACACAUAUUUUGUGAUAAAAUUUAGCUAAAUCAAUUUGAAAGUUUCGACAAAAAAAAAAGAAUUAAACUAGAUAUUUGUUUAUGCUGGCAUUUGAUAGGCUUGCACUUGGCAUAUAGUUUAUAGCGAAGGAGUAAUGAAGGAUAAAGUUAGGAAACCGGGAUCGCGUUAUAUAGUACGUUUAGGUAGAAGGACAUUUGGGGAGUACGAGUAUAAUGGAUGGACAGUUUUGAGGCAAGGUUUCAUUACGUUUAAGACAGAGACAUCGCAUCAGUUGGAGUCCACUUGAAUCUCGUUCGGUUACCGUUUUUUCGAUUCCCUAGUUGGUAUUUGAUAAUUGCUAUUUGAUAUUUGAUACUUAUGGAUAUCUAGAGUAGAGUGUCGGCAGAGUUACCCGUUCCCCGUAAAUACGACUACGACUACAAGUACAUACGAACUGUCUUCCCUAUUUAGUUUGGGGUAUCGAUAAUGAUAUUGAUGGGUGGGACUAAUCGGGGAAUCGGGUCUCGCCGCGAAAGUUACUUAGUUCUAGUUGUAGAUUUUUUCGAUUCCCAUUCCCAAAAUCGAGCGACAGCUCCUCCCCGUCAAACCAAAAGCAAUUCAAGUGGUAUUAAAAUUGAGUAAACCCAACACUCACUCACUCAGUCAGUCAGUCAGUCAGUCACACUCACCCUAAUACAUAUACGUAUUUCCACAAUACUCAACCAAGAAUCAAAAAGUUAAUGAAUAGCGAAGAAACCAAUUUGUUGCAUACGUUUAGGUCUUAAGUUCUAGUAGAAAGUUUAACGAAUGUAGUGGGCUCACUGUACAUAGGAAUUUUUUUUAUAACAAUAAAUCAAAUAUACCUAAACAUAUAUAUAAACUAAAUAAUAUAAUUAAUAGCGAUUAGGCAGCAAACCAACUGAGUAAGGAAAGCUAAGACGCACUAGGCUGGAGAAAAAAAGGAAGGGAUACCGAUAGUCCUCAUAUGUAUAUGGUAAAGAUACGAUAGCACUGAUACGAUAGCAGCUUAGUACUCGUAUUGUUUGACCCCUCUCUCCCACUAUCCCCACUAUCUCUCUCUCUCUCUGUCUCUCUCUCUCACUCUCUCGCUUUAGCCCCCAUCGUUAGUGUUAUUUUCGGGUGUUUUAGACCCAACUACACAGAGCCUUAUAAAUAUAACCUAAAGUAACUAAACCAACUCAAGCAGCAUUCAGCAAAACUAGCAACUCAGACCUAAAACUAAAUCUAGCGUUAGCAUUAAAAGCGAACGAAAACGUGAAACUAAAGUGGUGCAAUUACAAUUUUUAGAUCAAGCUGGGCGAGCAAUUUAGUCGAAAUUUAUAUUGAACAAUUUACGGGAGGGUGUGGAUAUAUGUGGAUAUCUCAUGUAUAUACAACCGGGCAAAACAAAACAAAACAUAAUAAAUCGAAUAAAAACCCUUGUCUCGAAUCCCAGAUAGAGAAACUCAGAACUCAUGCUGUUCUGGCCUUCGAUUUCGCCUAGAAAAGGGCCAGAUCAGUCUGAUAUUUAUAUAGAUCGCCAGAAGGUAGGCAACUGAAGGUCGGUUCGAUUCGAUUUGGGUCCGUCUGAUGGGAGAUUCGCUGAGAGGCGCCAAAGAAACUGAUUAAACCAUAUUAUUAUUAUAGAUAUGUACAUGUACAUAUAUAUGUGUACCUCUAGUUACACCUAGAACGAUAACAAGAACAACCUAUCAAAAUUAAGCUUUUAUACGCCAGAAUUUUUUUCUAAACAACUUAAAACAAAAUGAAAGUAAACUAAAACAAACACUCAAGAAUAUACACAAUUAAUGCAAGCCAGAGAUGAGAGCAAAAUUAACUCACAACACUCAAUUAACGAAUACCGUUUACACAGCCCCAAAGUGAAAACAAAAUUAAUUUAACUAUACAUUAUACAAUGAUAGAAAAAGCCUUAAUCAAGAAAAACACGCGCCUCAUUUUCGUUUUUCCAUUUAUUACGUAAGUCCCACAGCAAUGCUAAAAAAUAAAAUAAAAGAAUAAAACCAAAAAAUAUUACGGCUAAACCAAACAUACUAAAGAUACUGAAAAUACUAAACCAAAAUAUUUAGCAUUAUGCUCUAGACUCUAGACGAAAAAGAACCAAAAUUUUACAAACAACAAGAUGAAACAAGAACAAACGCGAUAAAGCAAUGUUAAACAUUUUCCACCAAUUUGAGAAGCAUAGUUGCUUAAAUACCGAAAACAUGAAAUACCUUAAAAAAAAUAACAAAAACUGAAACUUCUUUCGUACACGCGCCCUUUGUUUUUAAAAGUCGAAAAGCUGCCUAUUUAUAUAUUUACAAACAAACAAACAAACAAAAAGAAACAAAGCAAAAAGAAAGGAAACAAAAUUACCAAUUAACUACAAAUUUAAAAAAGAAAAACGCAAAAAUACUACAUAUUGCAAUUGCAACAUUCCAAGUAAAAAAUACCAUAAUUAAUACGAGCAUGUAUAAAACAGUUUGAAAUCAAUUGAGUUUUGGUUCCACGGCGCCAAAAAAAAAAAAACUUAGAGACAUCAAGCCACGGCUUUGCUGAGCAGAUUUACAGUUAUAUACAUACACCCACAUAAUAUAUAUAUAUAUAUAUACACGUGCAUAUAUACCGAUAUAUGUAUAUAUAGGUAGUUUAUACCAUUUGAAGCUUGCUAGGACUCGUCCUUGGGCCACUGAUUAAAUGCCAGGAGACAAGCCGCGAAAUCGAUAACAGAAAUAGUUGUAACAUUUAUUUGAGAAUCGCUGGAUUAAUGCCUACAGUUAAUGUGUAUAGUUACUUGAUUAUUGCCGCAUUCGACCCACACUCACUCACACACACACACACACACAAAACCAAAAUGAAACAUCCGACCGGAAAUACACCCAUAUCUUUGGGCUUAAAAACCGGACCGAUCGAAAAUGGGGAACCCAAAAACUAAGAAAGCGGCGAAGCAAAGAAAGCAAUUUUCAGAACCGCUAAAAAAGCGCAGAACAGAAGCUAAGACACAAUAAAUGAAAGAAACAAAGAAAAGAGAAAUACAUACAUAAAUGUUUUUAAAAAAUUCCA